AUGAUUGAAGAAAUUGUGGCUCCUAGAAACUCUUCUUCACAAGGGGACAGAGAGGGGCAUCAUUACCCGUGGGUGGUAACCCUCCUGGCCAGUGUCUUAAUCGCAACUAUUGUGAUAGACAUUCUGGGAAACCUGUUGGUCAUCUUGUCUGUCUUCAGGAACAGAAAACUCAGAAAAGCAGGAAAUGCCUUUGUGGUGAGUCUGGCCCUGGCAGACCUUGUAGUGGCAAUUUACCCAUACCCACUGGUCCUGACGGCCAUCUUCCACAACGGUUGGAUCGCAGGAUACAUACACUGUCAGAUCAGCGGUUUCCUAAUGGGUCUGAGUGUUAUCGGCUCCAUCUUCAACAUCACUGGCAUUGCCAUCAACCGGUAUUGUUACAUAUGUCACAGUAUGAAGUACAACAAGCUCUUUUCCAAUAGGAACACCAUAUGCUACGUCUCCCUGGUGUGGGUGCUGACCAUACUGGCCAUCGUGCCCAACUGGUUUGUGGAGUCUCUGCAGUAUGACCCGCGGGUCUACUCGUGUACCUUUGCUCAGUCGGUUAGCUCCUUGUACACCAUCACUGUAGUAGUGGUGCACUUCAUCCUCCCCAUCAGUAUAGUCACAUACUGCUACCUGCGGAUCUGGAUCCUUGUCAUACACGUCAGGAGACGAGUGAAGCCGGACACAAGGACCAAACUCAAGCCUCACGACCUCCGUAACUUCCUGACGAUGUUUGUUGUGUUUGUGUUGUUCGCUGUCUGUUGGGCUCCUCUGAAUUUCAUAGGGCUAGCAGUGGCCAUCAACCCCAGACUGGGUCUGAACAUCCCUGAGUGGCUCUUCACUGCUAGCUACUUCAUGGCUUAUUUCAACAGCUGCCUCAAUGCAGUAAUCUAUGGGCUGCUCAACCAUAACUUCAGGAAGGAGUACAAAAGGAUUAUUGUGAUAAUUUUAAAUUUCCACUGCAGAGGGAUUCGUAGGAACGCGGAAUAG